AUGGCACCUCUCACGGUGAAAAUCCGCCAUUUUAACAGUAAAUGCGGAAGGUUGAAUUGGGUAUCUUCCAAGUUAUACACCUUCGAAUUUCGGGAUGGGAUCGAUAUGAAUCGACUUCCACUUGAUUUCGACGAUAUGAGAGAUGUCUGGAUAGUAACCAAGGGCGACUGGCAGUGUAACUGGCGCAACAUCAGGAGACUCGAAGGUGUUGGCCACUCUGACAUAAUAUAUGCUGCCCCCGGUCUCAAUUUCUAUCAUACAACGGAUCGCUUUCUGUCCAUGAAGAAAAUCUUGCAACAAAGGUUGAUAACCUGGGAAGUUGGACAGGAUCCUUCCCUCCUAGUCAUCCGUUCAUUCGACUUACUUCCACUGCUCUGUCGCCACGGGCGUAGUUCGAUAUUGCCUUGGAUCAAAUUCUCGUUGUGGGUGGUACGGCUCCGCCUCCAUCGAUUCGUCACGAGGGCCAAGGGUCCAGUCCAACUCGGCACGAUGAGCUACGGAUAUGAACCCGAUUUCUCCCAGUACAUGAAGUCACAAACAGAGGAUGAUUCACUUCCUCCGCCCUAUUCAGUACGAAUUCAGCGCGUUACGUGCUCGGCGUCAGGGCGCACUUUGCACGACAGACAGGACCAAGAGGUGUCAGAUCCGCCGAUCCUGGCCGUCAAUGAUCUCAUGGGGAGGUACUUAGGGGGACCCCACUGUGUUGUUGGCAAGGUCAAAAUAAACCACAUUCAAGGACUCAAGCAUACUUAG